AUGCAACUCCUCAAUCAUCUCCUCCAGGCGCUACCUCUAGCAGCUGCAGCCGCAGCAUCCUCAACCCCCAAACUCUUCUCUAACAAAACUAUAUUCACGCCACCAUCGAAUUACACUACGCCGCGCGUCCUGUACGCUCGCAGCGUUCAAUUGGCUAAUGGCGAUUUGCUUGCGACUUGGGAAAACUACUCACCAGAACCUCCCCUGGUAUAUUUUCCAAUAUACAGCUCAAAGGAUCGUGGAUAUACUUGGACAGAGAUUGCCCGUGUUCAAGACACUGCCAAUGACUUGGGGUUGCGAUAUCAGCCUUUUUUGUACCGGCUUCAGGAGCCCAUUGGUCGUUUCCCCGCCGAUACACUUCUGCUUGCUGGCAACAGUAUUCCUACGGAUCUUUCAUCAACGCAUAUUGAUCUCUAUGCCUCGUAUGACUCGGGAUUUACUUGGGAAUUUGUCAGUCACAUUGCUGAGGGGGGUGAAGCGGAGCCAGAUAAUGGACUGACGCCGGUCUGGGAACCAUUUCUAAUGACCUAUAACGGCAAACUCAUAUGCUACUACUCAGACCAAAGAGCAAAUACAACGCAUGGACAGAAACUAGUUCACCAAGUUUCCUCUGACCUGGAGAAUUGGGGUCCUGUCGUAGAUGAUGUUACUAUGCCUACUUACACCGACCGACCAGGCAUGACGACGGUUGCACAGCUCCCAAAUGGAAUGUAUAUUAUGACCUAUGAAUAUGGCUCAUUUUUCAACACCUCAACAUACACCUUCCCAGUCUACUUCCGCAUCGCAAGCAACCCCGAAGAGUUCAAUUCCGCAACGGGAAAUCGGCUGAUCGUCUCCAAUGCCUCGACAGAACCGCAGUCUUCGCCGUAUAUAGUAUGGACUUCGCACGGGAGUGAUCGAAAUGGUAGUAUUAUUGUUAGUUGCGGAACUCAUAGUAGUGUAUUUGUCAACCAGGCUCUCGGCGAGGGCGAGUGGACUGAAGUCGAGACCCCGGAAUCAACUAGUUACUCGCGAUCGCUCCGUAUCCUGCAGGAAGAUCCGAAGAAACUUUUGUUGUUUGGCGCGGGCCUCUUACCUCCAAGUACAAACAAUAAGGUAACAGACAGUGUGAUUGAUUUAAAGGCUGCGGGGGUUUAG